AUGGCUGCUAUGUCCGUGAUCGGGAUCGACUUCGGUAAUGAGAGCUGUUAUGUAGCCGUAGCAAGGGCGGGAGGUAUCGAGACUAUAGCCAAUGAUUAUAGCCUUCGUAACACACCAUCAUGCGUAGCAUUCAGUGGAAAAAAUCGUGUACUUGGUGUAGCAGCAAAAAAUCAAAUGGUAACCAACAUGAAGAAUACCAUUUAUGGAUUCAAGAGGCUUUUAGGUAGAAAGUUUAAUGAUCCCCAAGUACAGCGUGAACUUAAAGGUUUAACAUAUAAAACCUCCCAACAGGCAGAUGGAAGUAUUGGGAUACAUGUACAAUAUUUAGGAGAAGAACAUAUUUUUUCACCAGAACAAAUAACUGCAAUGUUAUUCACAAAAUUGAAGGAUACUUCUGAAACGGCACUUCAGACAGCAGUCAACGACUGUGUCAUAUCUGUACCAUCUUAUUAUACGCAAAAUGAAAGGCAAGCUUUGCUUGAUGCUGCACGUAUUGCAGGCCUAAAUGUUCUUAGAUUGUUUAACGAAACAACUGCCACUGCUCUAUGCUAUGGUAUUUAUAAACAAGAUUUACCAGCUCCCGAAGCACCACCAAGAAACGUUGUUUUCGUUGAUUGUGGCUAUGCUAGCUUACAAGUAUGUGUUUGUGCUUUUCAUAAAGGAAAACUCAAGAUGUUAUCUAGUGCAGUCGAUAGUAAUUUGGGUGGUAGAGAUAUAGAUAUUAUCUUAGCAGAACAUUUUUGCAAAGAUUUUCUAGCUCGAUAUCGCAUAGAUCCACACACAAAUCCGCGGGCGUACUUAAGGUUACUUGCCGAAGUAGAAAAAUUGAAGAAACAAAUGUCAGCCAAUUCUACUACUCUUCCGCUUAACAUCGAAUGUUUUAUGAAUGAAAUGGAUGUUCAUGGUGAGAUGAAGCGAUCAGACAUGGAAACCAUGUGUAGUCACUUAUUCAAACGUGUUCAAACAACACUUUUACAAUGUCUGGCAGACUCUAAAUUAAGAAUAUAUGAAAUACAUUCAAUAGAAAUAGCUGGUGGAUCUACUCGUGUCCCUGCAGUGAGACGAGUAAUCGAAGAUUUAUUUGGUCGUUCAGUAUCAACAACAUUGAAUCAAGACGAAGCAGUUUCUCGUGGUUGUGCAUUGCAAUGUGCAAUGCUUAGUCCUGCAGUUAGGGUUCGAGAAUUUUCGGUCACCGAUAUACAACCGUAUCCAUUGAAAUUGACAUGGGAUCCUACUCAAGGAGAAGAAGGAGAAAUGGAGGUGUUUGGACAUAAUCAUCCAAUCCCAUUUUCGAAGAUGCUAACUUUCUAUCGUUCAAAUUCAUUUACGCUUACGGCUAGCUACAAUACGCCUCCAUCAUCAUAUCCUGAAACACAUAUUGGUGUCUUUGUUAUUAAAAAUGUUAAACCAACACCAGAAGGUGAGGCAUCGAAAGUUAAGGUAAAAGUGAGAAUAAAUCUCAAUGGCAUCCUUACUAUUGCAUCGGCAUCGCUCGUGGAGAAACGUGAACCAACGCAACAAGAGAAAGAGGAAGAAGAAAAAUUAUUGCAACAACAACAGCAACAACAACAGCAACCAAAUAAUAUGGAUGUCGAACAGCAACAACAGGAUAAUAAGAAAGAUAAAUCUGAUCAAGAAGCACAAGCGAAUGAACCGCCAGCACCAGAGGUGAGCAUGGAUAAAACUCGAAGGAACUCAGAUGCUGACAAUACUGGAAGAGGUGUUAGGGGUUCUGCCCCUUCCUGCUCCUCGAGGAUUCUCUCUUGGUUCAGCUCGGGAGAUGAUAAAGGAGAAGAUGCCAAAGGCAAGAAAAAAGUUCCUGUACGUACUGUCGAAUUACCAAUCGAGGCAAAUGUUAAUGGACUAUCUCAAAGAGAGUUAGAUGCGGCCUUAGAAAAAGAGUGUAAAAUGAUUGCCGAAGAUAGACAAGAAAACGAACGUAUAGAUGCACGUAAUGCAUUAGAGGAAUACGUUUACGAUUUACGCAGUAAACUUACCGAUGAUUAUCAAUUGGCAACUUUUGUUACGGAAGGUGACAAAGAUUCACUUAGCCGUACGUUAGAUGAAACUGAAAUUUGGCUUUACGAGGAAGGUGAAGAUUGUCAAAGACAAAUUUAUAUAGAUCGUCUGACACGCUUAAAGGCGCAAGGUGAGCCAAUAAAAGAAAGGAGACGAGAAUUCGAAGGAAGAGGUCAUGCGUUGGAUGACCUAGCAGGUGCAUUACAACUUGCCAAAAAGGGAAUAGAUAACAUUAAGGCUUCUUUUGGAAAGGACGAUAAAUAUUCUCACUUAACGGAUGAUGAGAUAAAGAAGGUCGAGAAAAUAGUUCAAGAGAAAUGGGCUUGGUUGGAAGAGAAACGUGUUGUACUUGCUGGUACUCCACGUACGCAACAACCACCAGUAACUGUAUCUCAAAUACGUUCGGAAAAACAGGCAUUAGAUAACAUUGUAUUGCCAGUUUUGAAUAAACCUAAACCUAAGGUAGAACCUCCUAAAGAGGAAAAACCAAAGGACAAAACUGCAAAUGAUCAAAAGAGUACUAAUCAGAAUAGCGAGGGCGACGCUCAUCAAAAUAAUCAACCACAAACCGAAGAAGAAAAGAUGGAUGUUGAGUAACAGUCGUCUCGAUUUAUGUUUUUCUAAUAUUAUUAAAUUUACCAAGAUUGAGAAAUGGUGAAUAUUUCAUUAUGAAAUCAUCUUCAUCAUUGUCACACAAGCGCCUGAUAUGACUUAGUUAGACAGCACAUGUUGUUUUUCUAUUUCUGUAUCUGUUUCUCUCUCUUUCUCUCUCUCUUUCUCAGUCUGUCUUUUCCUCUCUUUUUUUCUCUCUUUCUCUCUCUCUCUCUUUUGUUUUAUUUUCCUUUAAUUAUUAUCAAUCUGAUAAACUUCUAGUUCGUUGAGCGAUCGUUUGUUAUUCGGAA